CCGAUUAUGACCCGGGCCCGGAGGCAGGGCAGCAGAGGUGAACCGGCAAUGUUAUUGGUCCCCGGCGUGUCAGGAAGUGUAAAGCAACCAAUUGAACGGCGCGGAGAUUUAUCACUGCCUUUGACCAUCCGACCUACAGUACCUGUCAACACAAUGCACUUGUUCUAUGAAGGUAAUGAGUUUUCAGAAUGUUUUUCUCUCACAAAGCAACCGGGGCUGAAAUGGUUAUAAAAAUGACGGAACACUAAUUGUCUCUGGAGAAGGCUUCACCGGUUUUAUGAACGAAGUUCAGCAGAGUUUGUCCCUCUUAUCUGCACCAGCCGGACUCUGGGAAUGACAUUUGUUGAUACUAACAGGAUGCAGUGGCUGUUCCAGAGAUGCCAUAAAGAGGCUGUCUUCUACUAUGUCUUUCGGUCGGUGCUGCUCAUGACAUGUUUGCUCUUGGUCCUGUCUGUGUCCAUGUAUCCUGGGUUGUGGUCCAUUGGGGUCCAGCUUCAUUCAGCCUUCACAGGGAGCUAUGUGCCAGGCCACCACUCUGUUCUUCUGGUCAACAGUCCCAACAAACAGGCAGCCAAGGACAUUGGCAGGUACUAUUGGAAAGGUGAAAUCCAGGAUGCAAGUGAAAUUCUGAUGCUGGUGAAAACAAAGACCUCCAGGAUCCAGCAAGUCAUAGAUUAUGUGAGGUCUGUCCACCCAUAUGCAAACCCAGAAGUCCUCAGCUUCCCGGUGGAGGACGGCAGUCUGGCUUACAUGAAGUGGAUGGAUGAAGCCAUUCCAGACGACUGAUAAGUCAUUAAAAUCAAAGCCAAUCUCUGCAUGGACUGCAGCCGAACAAGGAAACUGAGCCAUGUGUACAGGCUGUUGUUUGAAGGCUUUGGAUUGAAGGGUUCAGAAAGCACUCUGUUGAACAAAAGUUCAAUACCUGACAUUUAUACUAUUUUGUUGCUCUGACAUUUUCACUGUAAAUUCCACUAUGUACUGUGGAGAUUUGGCUUCAAAGAGCUUUAUACCACAGCCAUAGAACAUUCUUGCUUCUGAUUGGCUGUCAGUUAACAUUGCAUAACAGAACACCUCAAACAAACAUAGUUCCAGUCAUUUUUAAGUCAAUGCACAAAAUAUUUAGCUGUAGGUAACCAUAACAGGACUAUAUAGUGAUCUGCUUUAUGCUAUGAUGUUCUCAGUAAACUCUCACUGGUGAAACUGACCUCACGUGGCUUAAACUGACCACAAACUUUUAAAAAUAGAUGGCAAUUUGAAGAGCCUGAGGAAAGUAACCAUGGUAAGAUAGAGAUAAUACAGUCCAAGGUGUCCAGAUUUAGAAAAUAAUGGACUCAGUAGAGGAAUCACCACUCUCUACACCUCAUUAUGCAUUAUUGCUUAUACAUUGUUGCACCUCUUAUAUUUAUAGCACUAUCCUAUAAUAGCAGUAAUCUUUGAGUAAUUUGAUGAAACAUGCCCUCUAGUUCUGCUUUUUAUUUAUGUAUUCAUUUAAGAUGACAUCAUUUUUGCAGCCAGUCAUUAAGGUUUGCCUUUAAGGCAGUUUUAACAUAGUAAUAGUUUGUGCUGGAACGUAUUGAUGGCAUGACCAUACUAUACUGAAUAACUAUAGUAAUAGGGUAGUUGGUAUAUCAUGAUCAUGUACUGCCUGUUAUUGAACAUAACAUUGCCCACACUAUAACAUUACCUUAUACUAUAUUUAUUGUUGUCAAUUCGAACAUCAAACAAUUUUUAAAGCUGUUCUCAAAAACACUAAGGCCUUCCAAAAAGAAAAACCUGAUCAGCAACACAAGGGCAGGGUGUCAGAGUAAUCUACAUGUACCUACAGUUCAAUAAAUUAUUGAUCUGUCA